GUAACUUCCUGUAGCUUUGGCAGCUCUCUGAGUUGGUUUGCCCGGGUUUGGGGCGGAGCGUGCCCGGUGGGUAACGGAGAGAAGGAGCCAGAUAUCAACAGACACGGACGGACGCCCUCGCCCGUCUCACCUCGUGUCCAUCGGCUAGUUUCAAAUGGCAACGACCGCGGACGAGCAGCGGGAACCGGCGGACGUCGCUGGUCUGUCGCCGCACCCCGGCUCCCGACAGCACCACAACAGCAACAACAACAACAAUAAUAACAACAACAACAAAGACAGUGAGGCGGGAGAUACCGCGACCUCCGCUACAGCUAGUUCGGCGGAACCCGGGGGGACGGCGUCGCAGGGCAUCGGGAACGGCUCGGUCAUCAACCCCACCGGGGGGAACAACGGGAAGUGGGUCCGGCUGAACGUCGGCGGCACAGUGUUCCUCACGACCAGACAGACUCUCCUCAAAGAGCAAACUUCAUUCCUGUACCGACUGUGCCAACAGCAGGACCUCCACUCAGACACAGAUGAGACGGGAGCCUACGUGAUCGACAGAGACCCCACAUACUUUGGACCCAUCCUGAACUACUUGCGGCACGGCAAACUGGUCUACAACAAGGAGCUGGCUGAAGAAGGUGUCCUGGAGGAGGCUGAGUUUUACAACAUCACCCCGCUGAUCAAACUGAUCAAAGAGAGGAUCGUGGAGAGGGACUCCAAAGCCACGCAGGUGCCCCCCAAGCAUGUUUACCGGGUGUUGCAGUGCCAAGAGGAGGAACUGACCCAGAUGGUCUCCACGAUGUCGGACGGCUGGAAGUUUGAGCAGGUCAGCGUGCGCGCCUGCAGAAAGCCCCGCACCGGACUGCUCUGGACUAUGGUCAACAUCGGCUCGUCGUACAGCUAUGGAACAGAAGACCAGGCUGAGUUUCUGUGUGUCGUAUCCAAGGAGCUCCACACACCUGGAUCUGGACUGGGCACGGAGCAGAGCCACAAAACCAAGUCGGCGGAGAUGCAGGAGGAGGAAGCUGCGAAGGAUGAGGAGGAAGAGCAGGAGCAGGAGGAGGAGGAGGGAGGGAGAGAUACCACACCGAAUGAGUGGCUUAGAGAAUGAGGGAGUCAUGUUUCUUUGUUCCAAACAGAGGCGGGAAUGGCUUUUCCAGAUCCAUGGGUCCCGGAUGUAAAAAUCAAAACAAGAAAAAUAUAUAAGUUAUUUUUUUCUUGACUUAUUAUGACACUUUGUACACAGUGUAUAUGUAUGUUGCCUCAACAAGCAGUCAUCAAAACCAGAUCUGUAGCAAUGUUAUCAUUCAUGAACAUAAUGUCAGUUAGAACGAACAACAACAAAGUCAAUCUCACAGCUAGACUCAGCAAUAUCUUUUUGUUCAGUGACAUUUUAUCAGAAGAAACAAUCAUGCGCUGGUAGAUGCAAACGUUAUAUACCGCCAAGGGCCGUAGUGGAGCUUAGUAAAUUAUGACCAAAGAUCCAGAGAAAAGCUGGCUGAUCCAAGGUGCUGCAUUCUAAAACACAGAGUCUGAAAUAUGCACGAAAAGAUUAAACAUUGUCUUCAUAACUCAGAGAGGAGCUUUAUGCUGCAUCACUCUGAUCUGAUAGGAUCUGAUUACACCUGUGUUGUGCUGAUUUGGGUUAUUACAGUUCUAAAUGUUAACAUAGAAGUAAGCAGUAAUGCGAAGUAGGCAUCAAUAGAUAAAACAAGAAUAAUAUCAGUUUCAUAAACAUCCAAAACGUUGCACAUUGGAGCCACUUUUAUAGAUUAGAUCUUAAAGAUGUCGCACAAGAUUUCUUAUGUAAACAAUCACGCUGUUAUAGAAAACAACACAUCCACAAUAAUCUUGUUACCUGUUGACUUUAAAUGUUAAGGUUGAGACCAACUUCCCUUUAAUCCUAAGAAAAUACAGAUUACUGAUUAUGUGUUGCCCUUGACAUGAAGCUGGUAGAUGCUGGUUUAAUCCAGUGGUUUUUAAUGUUAUUGAAGCCAUUAACUGGCUUGUGUGGCUUGAUUUGAUGCAUAGAAAGAGUGUAACUACAAAACAAACAAGGGAGUUCUUUUAUUUGGGAUGCAGGAUUUACAUAAUUUUCUUGUGAUAAUAGAAAGGUUUCAUCAGGCUCCAGCAAAAAACUCUCCAAGAUAAUAACUAUCUCUGUCUAAAAGAGCUCAGAGCAACAGCAGCCACACUCACACACUGCUCUUCACUUCUCCUCCUGCUUCAACACCCUGUGGUGCUCUGAUACACACCUGCACCACCACGUGCCGGUGCAUGCUCAGCAGCAGCCUCGCCUCGGUCUGUCGCCUCAGUCUGUCGCCUUGGCUGCGAUCCAAAGUCGGCUUUGGCCCCAGCUGACAGAGAGAUGUUGGCAUGAGUUAGCAAAGAGAGUAACAGAGUCUCAGGAAGGAGAGAGCGAGAGAGGGAGGGAGCAGGAGAGGGUGAGACAGCAGUGUUAGGUGAAGUCGCUCUAUGUCCUCUGACAUUUUCUUUGAUUAGAGAAAGGGCACCUCUCAGCUCGUACUAUCAGCUCUCACAGAGAUCUGCCGCAGUGCAGGUGUGUGAUUGAAAAAGGGUUUGAAGAAGCAGUAAGUGAGAUGUCGACACGUGACUUCUGACAACCUCUAAUGGCAGCUUGUAGGAACUGCACCACAGAUCAAAUAAGUGUCCCCUGCAUUACUGUGGAGCUUCUGACAGAGGUUUGUUUUAGGGACUGUGGAGAAAAAAAAACACACUUAUCUGUGUAACCCUGCAAAUACACUUUUACACAUUGACUGUAAAAUGACAUCGAAAACUCUGGAGGUGUCAUUGUUGCAUGCGUUUUGAAGGUGACAGUAAACAGGGUUUACAACGUAUUUAACAGCAGGUUAUAAAUCUCUGGGCUUCAUUAUAUUAACAAAGUGCCAUGUGAUAUCAUAGCUAAUUAGGAAAGAAGGUUAACCAGACUAAGUUAUCAAGGUUAGCUAGUUAGCCUUGUUGACAUUUUGAACUAAGGUAAGCCAUGCUAGCGACAUUUGUUGGUGUUGGUCUUCCAUCAACUGUAUAUAAAUAUGGAAUGUGCACCUCCAUUUCCUCCCAGUGUGAAAAGUGAAGCCGAAAGCCAACUCAGAAAAAUGUACACUUGUUCUUAAAUCAGGAUGAUAAGAGCUAACUGCUAUCACAGGAGGGUCACAGUGAGUCCACUCAAAACGUCACUACCCCGGGGAAUGACAUUGUCUGUAUUAUUGGAGCCCUGCAGUGAGCUGCCCCUGUCUCUUUAAAUGCUCUACUUGACCCAUGUUGCAUCUGUUACAAUAGAGGAGGCAAGCUUUGUGAGCUAUACUGCAACCAGUCACCAGGGGGAGCUCUAACAGUUUUGUCCUAACUUGUGGCUUUCUGUUAGGUACCUUAUUCACCUCAGAGACAUGCACAUCACCAAGAGGUGCAGGAGCCCACUGUUCAUAUCUCAGGUCUUGUUUUUUGUAGAAAGAAAGAAAAGAAGUGCUCAUUAAUGAUAAUAAUAAUAAUAAUAAUAAUAAUAAUAAUAAUACAUUUUAUUUAAAGGUGCCUUUCUGAGCACUCAAGGUCACCUUACAGGACAUUAGAAAGCAGGGUAAGACAGGGCUUUAUUAAUACAAACAAAAACACAAACCUUCAUAACGUUAAAGGCUUUCCAGCCUUCUGUCAACACGAGGCUCGUUUUUAUACAAACCCUGUGCGCUGUCAUCUUCAGUGAAAGGUUGCGAAGACAAGGCAAAGUGAUCUAUUGAAAAAUGAAAUAUAGGGCAAUUAAGGUAAGGCAUUACUUAUACAAAAAUAACCAUUUAAUUAAUUGCCCCUGAUUACCAGCCCUUCCAUGUAGUGGAAGAUGCAGGAUUCUGUCAGCUAAUGAUGCACUUGGAUCAGUACCAGUGUUAGCCAAAAUGAGUAUCAGCAUAUCUGAUAACGGUGAAAAUACAAAAUGCAUCCCUAAAAAACAUCAUAAAAUACGCCUCUUCAUAUAUUUGUAAGAUUAGCUGAAAGCUGUCCUACACUAACCUCUAGAAUACUUCAGCUCUUGUUCAAGGCCACUGAGCAGAGAUAUUAUUUCAGCCACUUAAAGUGAGUAUUUGUUUUCAGCAGCUCACAUCUGACCCCCUCUGCUAUUGGCUGGCAACUUAGAAUAGGGACGCAUUACAUUGAAACUGUUUCACCCCCUUUGCAAUAAGCAGCCACAAUCUGAGACAAUCGAUCACUAAGAUCAUGGUCACUGACUUUUUUGAUAACAUUUUGAUAAAUCAGGAGAAAAAUAGCCUGCAAACACAAGACUGUCUUUACGUGCACUAAGCUGUCUCACCAUUUCAAGUGUAAAAUAAAAAGCAAACGUUCUGCACAAUGAGGUUACCUGCAAUCUGCCGUUAGCUGGAUUAGCAGACUACAAUAGAGGAUGUAGUGAGCUCAUUGUGCUUAUGAUAAUCAUGACAGAAUGAUUAGUAGGAGGUAGAAGACUGAGAGAGACCCCGUUAUGUUUAUAGUUUUACUGCAUUCGCUUUUCAUUGUGGCCCUUUUAACUUGGAUCAUCGGGUGCCUUGAGUUCAAGCAGAAAAACUGACACGUCAAAGGAACAAUAGGUCAAAAUAGUCACAGGAGUUAUUGGGUGUUUUGAAAUAGCUGAUUUAUUAUUUUUGUCGACCAAUGGGUAGUUUACAAUCUCACUGAGCGUCCAGGUUUGGUAUUUGUGUGAAUAUCUGCCUGUGCAGAUUUGCUGUGAGAGUUUUAUUUUUCAUAAGGUGUUCCAGCUGAGACAGAGAGAGAGACAGGUUAAAGCUGUUUUGUAUAAAAUGUCAUGCCUUUUUUAAUUUUUGUAUUUAAUUUAUUCUUUUUCACGACAGAAAAUUUGGGGUUUGCCUUUUUUAGUGUGUUUGUGUGUUAGGGAGGGCAUGUCUUGUGUUUUUCAUUUGAUGAGCUUUUAUUUUGACCUCUUUGACAGUAUAUAGAACUGUAUGGAUCAGGUUUACUAAAGAAAGUUUUUGUUCACACCGAUGCUGUGGAGAGGACAUUUUGCCAAGAAUAGAAUUUCCUCUGUAAUGAAAAUGUUUAACUUCUAUUUGCAUGUUGGCUGACCUCGUUGGGUUUGCUGGAUCCACACUACUUUUUUUACUUGUACACUAUUUGUUGAUUUGCUAAAGAGUAGAGUGUGUUUUUACUUAGUGUCUGACGUGUUAAAGUCUACAUAGCAAUCCUCUUUCAUUAUUCCGUGCAAAAAAAAAUCUAAACUUUCAGGCAGCUGUGGAUAGAAAAAUGUUUUUAUCUGAUGCUGGACUUUCUUCUUCUGCCAUCAAUAGAGCCUCAGUGUCUGUAUACAUGAAACAAACUGUGUGACACAUGCAAUGUAACGCCUCAGAUUAUCAUGUACAGGCUUUAACAAAUGCUGUGUUUUGAUUUCAUGCAGCUGUUUUUCAUCAGGACCAGAGAAACUUACAUUUGAAACAGUUUGACAGAAUUGUUAAAAGAUUUUUGUUAGUUUUUUUAUUUAAUGUAAAUGAAUGUCACAAUUCUAAACAAAAAUAAAUCUUUGUCCUUUGGUUUAAA